CUUUUACUCAGUACCUAUGCUCUCACAUAUGUUGGAACAGCUGAAGGCCCAGCCGCUGUAUCAAGACCUCAACUGGAGGCUUGCGCUCAUCGGCGGGGUGUCGUCCCUGGGAGCCCUGGGGUUUGGAUUUGACAACGGGUGGUGGGGAGGCGCAUUGGGUCUUUCCCAGUUCCAGAAGAAAUAUGGAGAAUAUGAUGACGCCCUGGGGCAUUUCGUGAUUCCAUCCCAGAAGACAUCGGUCGGCACAGGUACAGGCUCGGCCGGAAUCAUUCUUGGCUGCAUCAUGGCCCCAGUGGUCGCAUCCAAGCUGGGCCGGCGUAAUUCGUUCUUGGUCCUGUCGCUGCUGAUGUUAAUCGGCAUCACCCUCGAGGCAUCCGCGGUGACAUCCUUCUGGCAACUUGUCGUUGGCCGAAUCAUUGUCUACUCGGGGAUUGGUUUGGCAUCGAACUGUGUACCACUGUACUUGUCGGAGUGCUCCCCACCACGUAUUCGAGGUGCCUUUCUUGGACUGUAUAGUUUUUUCAACUCCCUGGGCGUUUUCCUGGCUUCUCUUGUGGUCUACCUAUCGCUGCCUAUUGGAUAUAUUGCAUUCUAUGCAUUUAUCCCCGAGUCGCCUCGCUACCUCAUUUACCGUGGCCGUUUUGAAGAAGCGGAACAGGUCCUGAGAUCGCUAUCGAAUUACCCAGACACGAUUCCAUAUGAGGUAGAACUUCUCAAGGCCCAGGCCGAGGAGCAGCAAGAGUUACACAAAGCAACGUCCAUCUGGGACUGUUUUAAAGGCUCCAAUCGGAGACGGACGAUAAUUGCUAUUGGGGUCCAGGUGCUGCAGCAAGCCCAGGGCGUUUCCUUCAUUCAGAACUUUAUCGUCACCUUCCUGGAGCAGCUGAAAUUCCCUGAUCCCUUACGUACCAACCUGAUGGUGACCGGCUGCAGUUUUGCUGUCCAUAUCAUCACGUUCUUCAGCUUUGACAAGAUCGGUCGUCGAUACUCGUUGUGCAUCGGGGCAAUCCUCCUCGGUGGCACAAUGUUUGGAACUGGGAUCGCAAUCGCCGCCGGAGAUACAAGCCACGGGUCAUCACCUGCAGCAACGGCAUCCAUUGCACUCUUGAUUCUUUGGUACUGCAUGUAUGGCUUCACCUGGGGCCCCGGCUGUUGGGUUGUGGCGGGUGAAGUAUGGACGGGCCAGUUGCGCGAGCGCACGCUAUUCCUCGCCUCGAUGGGUAGCUUCCUGACAUCGGUCCCGAUCAAUUUUGUCAAUCCAUAUGUACAGGCGCGGCUAGGAGGGUCGGUGACUUUCAUCUAUGGUAGCUUUUCCGUGGUUGCGUUAAUCUGGGUAUUUUUGACGGUGCCAGAGACCCGGGGCCGUUCCCUCGAAGAACUGGACGAUAUGUUCCAGGCGGAAGUCCCAACGCGACAGUUCAAGAAAUAUCAAUGUAGUGGAAUCGGGGCGCAUAUCACUGGUGCUCAGAAUGUGCAAAGCAAGGAGGUUAAGCUGGUUGAAGAGGAAUGGGUGGAGAGCAGGGGAGACACAGGUGUCUAGUAGCGCUGACUAUCGAGGGUAAGGCUCCAGAGAGUUACACGAUCUACCAGAAACCCUGUCGCAAGCUAGGACUACUACAUGGGGCUCGUGCCUUGCAC